AUGGACAGUGUCAAAGCGGAGACAGGAUCUGAGAGGUGCAGAGAGACAAGACUACAACCUGUGGAGAUGGGAAGCACUGUCCCCCAAACGAGCCUCAAUAUGAGCGAGGGGAUGGCUAACUCGUCCUCAGAGCCGCCACUGAACGAGGACGGCUUCAGCGAGGCCACAAUGAUCCUGCUGGGCAUCAUCAUGUCCAUACUGGUUCUGUGCAUCGUAUUUGGGAACAUCUUGGUCAUUACGGCGAUUGCCCGAUUCCAACGGCUCCAAAAUGUCACCAACUGUUUCAUUACCUCCCUCGCUUGCGCCGAUCUGGUCAUGGGGUUAAUAGUCAUCCCAUUUGGCGCUUGCUACAUCAUCUUCAAGACUUGGCACUUUGGGAACUUUUGGUGCGAGUUUUGGACUGCCACUGAUGUGCUGUGCGUCACGGCAAGCAUCGAAACUCUGUGCGUGAUCGCGAUAGAUAGGUAUUUAGCCAUCACGUCACCUUUUCGUUACCAGUCCAUGCUGACUAAAUGCAAAGCCCGCAUUGUUGUAGUUCUCGUCUGGGUCAUCGCAGCGCUCAUCUCCUACCUGCCUAUUCACAUGAAGUGGUGGAUAGCAGAUGGUAAAGAUGCGCAAAAGUGCAUGGAAAACAGCAAUUGUUGCGAGUUCCAUACCAACAUGGCGUACGCAAUAACGUCCUCCAUAAUAUCUUUCUACAUCCCAUUGGUCAUCAUGGUUUUUGUCUACAGUCGUGUGUUCCAAGAGGCUAAACGGCAGCUGAAAAAGAUAGAUCAAAGUAUUGGACGUUUCCACAAUAGUGACAGCAACCGCUUGGAGUCCAAUAACGGGCGUGGACAGAAAAAGGCCAAAUUCUGCCUGAGGGAACACAAAGCUUUGAAGACAUUAGGCAUCAUCAUGGGGAUAUUCACUCUUUGUUGGCUCCCCUUUUUCCUGCUAAACGUAGUAGUAGCUAUUUGGAAAGUGGACAACAUUGACCUCACUUUCAAGAUCCUCAACUGGAUAGGAUAUGCCAACUCCGCCUUCAAUCCUUUGAUUUACUGCAGGAGUCCUGAGUUUCGGUACGCGUUCAAGGAAAUUCUUUGUUUGAAACGGACGCGGAUGACCAGUGCCGGCCCAGUCAAUGGAUAUGUGUAUGCCAGGCACAGCUGGCAGAGCGAUCCCCACGGCAGGAGCAAGGGCAGCUCGGACGACAGCGAGGGGGGAAACCAAGAGGGCUGCCCUGGGAAAGAGAGGCGAGGGGUGUGCAGUGUCGUGGACAGGGCAGAGGCAGUGGACCCAAAUGGGAACUGCAGCAGUCUAAAAACAGCAACAACUUUACUUUAG